UUCACCUGGCUCUCUAUAAGCAUUUAUUAAGGGGCUCCCUCCUCAGUCUUAGCACAGCCACAUUCUGGUAUGCAUUAGAGAACAUCACUAGGACAAAGGCAACUCGUGCAGUAUUCCAGAACUUGUGUGUGCUAGCUUGGGAGAGAACAUGAUGCUACUCCAUCUACUUGUUUGCACUAUUUGGUGCCUAUCAUCUGCAUUAACAAUAGCUGUGGAAGUACAAGAGUUGGACAAUCAGAUACUGGUGACUGGAGAAGUAACUUUAACAGAUUGUCAGAUCAAAGACCUUACAAGAUGGGAUAAAGUGAUGACGAUGUUAGAGAACGCUCAAAUGAGACAGAAUAUGCUGCUUCAGAAUUUUGAAGAAGUUAAGGCGGAACUUCAGACAGUAAAAGAAGAUCUGAACACGGUUGCAGAAAACACAUCAGGCUCCUGUAGUGAGUGCCUCAGCAGCCUGACUUCAGACAUCUCAAAGUUACUGGACUCCAAAUGUGAGCCUGAUACCGCUCUGAGAACAAAUGUGGAAAAAUCUGCUGCUUUAAGCCUUGACGUAAUAGAAAGACUAGAGCGGAUUGAAAAUGCUUUAAAGAGAUGGGAAGAUUCUGCGCAAAAUAAAGCUGAAUGUCCAGAUAAAGGGGAAGCAGCAUCUGAGCCUGAUGUACUCGACUAUUUACAAGAUUGGAUCAGCCAACGGCAAAUACCAUCAGGUUGUGAUAUGGCAAUACUAUUUCCGAUGAGAUCACCUAAAAUUUAUGCAAGCGUGCACCCUGCCGUCAUGACCCUGGAGGCCUUUACUUUUUGUGUGUGGACUAAAGUGACAGAAGCUCUGGACAAAACCAUUGUAUUCUCAUAUGGCACCAAGCGUAAUCCUUAUGAAAUCCAACUGUAUUUGAACCAUCAGUCUCUUGUACUAGUUGUCGGUGGGGAUAAGAACAAGAUAACUGCUGAUAAUGUGUUGGAGACAGGAAAGUGGUCACACCUGUGUGGUACAUGGAACUUUGAGGAUGGCAAAACAUCUUUAUGGGUUAAUGGAGAAAAUAAAGCAACAAAUUAUGGGUUGGCCCAGGGUCAUAUCAUCCCUGAUAGAGGUAUAUUCCAGAUUGGGCAAGAAAAGAAUGGCUGUUGUGUAGGUGGAGGUUUUGAUGAAUCAUUAUCCUUCUCUGGAAAAAUUACAGGCUUUAACUUGUGGGAUACAGUACUCAAUGAUGAGGACAUUGUGAAGACUCUAACAGAUUCUAACUGCAGUACUCGGGGCACUGUUAUAGGAUGGGGUACAACAGAAAUUCAACCACAUGGGGGAGCUCAGUACAUUCUUUAAAGUUUCUAGAGGUUUGACACAGACACAUUCUAUGUCAGAUGCAUUCAUUUAACUGUUCAUUAAAAUAUUUUUGCUUAAAAGUAUAUCCUCCUAAUGAUAAUAAGAUCAUAUCCUGAAAUGUUUGAAUCAAGAUACAUUACAAUAUUUUAUUCAGUAUUAAAGCAUAAAACAAAGCUUCAUUUUUCAUUUGAACAAUCAUCAUCUAAGAGAAUUGUUUAUUUAUCAGUUCUUUGGAAUCAUUCUGUUUUGAGCAUUGGAAAUCCAAUAGAAUAGAAGAGAAGUAAAAGACUUUGUCAGCUGAAGGGCUGUCAUGCAAGCCAUGGGAGUAUUUAUUUUCCCAUGGCAUCUAAGUUCUAUUAUUAAGGUGUUUACACUUGUAAAAGGGAGUCAUUCUAAUAAUAUGCAGUUCCCUAACAUAUAAGCAUAGGUUCACUAGACAAUGAGUAGACAUUUGCAGAUAUGCAUCUUAGCCAUCAUGCACAUAGCAAAGCAUAGAAAUUUGUAGUGUGGCACACUGAGUCCCUGUAAUUCUGUACUAAAUAAAGACUUUUAAUAUGCUGCUUAGGUGCUCUGUAUGAUACAAAAUUUUAAAGAAGAUAUUUAAUGGAAUAAAACUUAGGGUAUUAAGCUUUAGAGUGCUGGGGCCCUCCCGCGAUCUCCUGUAUGGAGCCCGGCUCUCCCAUGGAGCGGCGCGUCAUGCCCCCUCCAUAUAUCUCUAUGGAAGAGCUCAGACCCCUUCACUUAUUUAGAGGAUAAGUUUUGUUCCAUGAGACUACUCCUUUAAGGUUUAUUCUUCGUUAUAAGCAAUUAGAGUGCUUUCACACCAUGUUUUCAGCCUAAGGCUGCCGGAUCCGGCUGGGGUACGGCUCAUUUUCAACCCGUAUUCGGUUUUCUGACUGGACAUAAAACCGAAGUAUACUAUGGUUUCAGCUCUGGUCACAAAACCGGAUAUGGGGCUGAAAUGAGAACGACCGGAGUCAUUAAGUCAAUGGAUUUCAGAGCUGGUCCAGCUGGGGUACGGGAGCGACUGUUUUCCCCGGAUGCUGGAUGGCACACACAAUUAAUGACCACCAGAUCCCAAAUAACUGAUGUCAACUGAUGUAUUUUGUCAUCAGUUGGCAUCAGUUGCAGCCAGUUUUAGGCUGGGUUCACUGAGCCAGAUUGAUGGAUAUAUGUGAACCCAGCAUGAAAGUAAAUAUUAUCCUUGCAGUCACAAGCUUCACUGUAACAGGAAAAGAGAUUAACUGUAUAAUAGUGUAUACUUGUACUGUACCCUUUACAGUAGAAAUUGUCAUCUUAAAUCUCUCAGUAUAAAAUAGAAAUGAAUGAUUUUGGUGAUUUAUACUUUUUUUUACUCACCUUACUAAUCUGAACUCUCUUAAUAUAAAAUAGUCAUUGGGUCCCUGCUAGUCCUUACUUCCUGGUCCUUUUUAGGCCCAGGACAUAGAACUACACUGACCACAGCAGUAACCCACAGUGUGUUAAGAGGGAGUAGAAAGUAGACACAUCCAGGGGACUCGAACAUAUUAGAAUGGGAUCAGCAGGAGAUCCAUAAAGUGUAUAUGAGCUAUGUUUGUUUUGUUUUUUGCUUUACCAUGUUCAGAUCUGUUUAAAAAAAAAAAUAUAUAACAUUGUGAAAAAAUAUACUAGAAUUCAUUUACACCUUGUCUUAUUAUCAUUUGGGGGAUACAAAUCUGCAAUAAAAAUGUCAGUGAACUUUCCUUGGAGGUUUAGAUUUUAUAGUACUUAAACAUACACUUAAUUUGCAGAUGUAAAUGUUAACUCUUAAGUCAAUGCAGACCUCAAAUGCAGAAUUUGUUUUGGUAUUCUACCUACUAUCGAGGGAACUUGAUUUAUCUGACUGACUAAAUGUUUGACAAACAGCACAUUCUCUACUUCUACUGUAUGCGUUUAGGCAGCACUAAGCUAACUUUAUGUGUCUGAAUAGACUUGUCUGUAAGUUCUAUUUCAAUGUGAAUUGCUAAUAUGCAAACAAACAAAAAAAUCCUAAACCUAAUUAUAACCACUUUCUAUUCAUCAUUAUACUUGUAAUUAUGUAAUUCUGUACUAUAUUGUAAAUUGAGUUUGCAAGAGUUACAUUAAAUAAAUACUACUUUAUUUUUGUACAAUUGUAACAUAGGGAAAUACUAAAACUUUAUCACACUGUUACAAUUCUGCACAUCUUUGAAACAGAAACACGACAACAUUUAAAUUCUGUUUACAUUGUUUCUGGUGAAUCUUUAGUUUUGGUUUGCACAAUAUUACACAGCAAACAUUAUUGGAAGAUGGUUACUGUUAGAUAUACAGACACUGUAUGCUUAAGAAUAGCAAUAUUUUAAAAACACAAUUUUGAAACAAUUGUAUUAUUGUCAUUAUGUAAUAAUGUCUUUUACUACUCAUUGAUGUAUUCUGUUUAAUUAUUUUAAGCAUUUUGUGGAUUCAAAGCAUUUUUCUAUAAAAUAAAUAAAUUAAAAUGAU